UCUCCACGCACAGUUUCGUUUCGUCACUGUCUUUGAAAACUUAAAGAAAAAAAGAUGAAAUUAUUUUGAAAAGAUUCCAAGUGAAGUAACCGUUUUAAUCCGACGAUGAGUAUGAGACCCCGGCCAUCUCCGGCCACCGCGCACGCGCCGUCGCAGGAGGUGUACAACAUCAUCCCGAUCCACGAUUUCUUAACGGAACACCCGUCGCUGCGUUACCCGGAGGUUAGAGCGGCGGCGGCGGCGCUUAAGGUAGUCGGAGACCUCCCGAAACCUCCGUUCGUCGAUUUCACGCCACGCAUGGACUUGAUGGACUGGCUAGGUCUCCUCUUCGGUUUCCAGCUCGACAAUGUUCGGAACCAGCGAGAGAAUCUCGUCCUCCACUUGGCUAACUCCCAAAUGCGUCUCCAGCCGCCGCCGCUUCAUCCCGACGGCCUCGAUCCGACGGUUCUCCGUCGUUUCCGGAAGAAGCUCCUCCGCAACUACACCAAUUGGUGCUCGUUCCUCGGAGUGAGGUGCCACGUCACCUCCCCAGCUCAUAGCCGUCAUCAGACCAACGUCGUUUUGAAUCUCCGGAGAGAGCUGCUUUACGUUGCUCUGUAUCUAUUGAUUUGGGGAGAGUCUGCUAAUCUCAGGUUUAUGCCGGAGUGUAUCUGUUACAUCUUCCACCACAUGGCGAUGGAGCUUAACAAAGUUUUGGGGGGAGAGUUUGAUGACAUGACGGGGAUGCCUUAUUGGCCUUCUUUCUCCGGCGAUUGUGCUUAUCUGAAGAGUGUGGUUAUGCCGAUUUACAGGACGGUUAAGACGGAGGUUGAGAGUAGUAACAACGGGACGAAGCCACACUCGGCCUGGAGAAAUUACGAUGACAUUAACGAGUAUUUCUGGAGAAAGAGAGCCUUGAAGAGCCUUAAAUGGCCUCUUGACUGUACCAGCAACUUCUUUGACACCACGCCAAAGAGCAGUAGAGUGGGGAAGACAGGGUUUGUGGAGCAGAGGUCGUUCUGGAAUGUGUUCAGAAGUUUUGACCGGUUAUGGAUCUUGUUGCUUCUCUACUUGCAAGCUGCUAUUAUUGUUGCUACGAGUAGGGUUCAGUAUCCAUGGCAAGACAAGGAUGUGGCGGUUGCGUUGCUGACUAUUUUCAUCUCCUGGGCGGGAUUGAGGUUGCUCCAGUCUGUGCUUGACGCUAGCACUCAGUAUAGUUUGGUCGGCAGAGAAACGUUCUGGCUUUUCGUCAGACUGAUUUUGAAGUUCGUGGUGGCUGUGACAUGGACGGUUUUGUUUUCGGUCUUCUACGCAAGGAUUUGGAGCCAGAAAAAUAAGGAUGGUCGUUGGUCUCGAGCUGCAUACGACAGGAUUAUCGUGUUUCUCAAGGUAGUAUUCGUGUAUGUUAUUCCUGAGAUGUUGGCUCUUGUGCUCUUUAUUGUGCCUUGCAUAAGGAACUGGAUUGAAGAGCUGAAUCUUGGAAUUGUGUACUUUUUCACCUGGUGGUUCUAUAGCAAGAGUUUUGUUGGUCGUGGGUUGAGGGAAGGUCUGGUGGACAAUGUCAAGUAUUCAAUCUUUUGGAUUGUUGUAUUGGCCACUAAAUUCAUAUUCAGUUACUUCUUACAAAUCAGGCCUCUAAUUAAACCGACCAGGGCGCUCCUCAACUUGAAAAAUGCGCCGUACAAUUGGCACGAGUUUUUUGGAAGCACUCACAGGAUAGCGGUAGUGAUGCUGUGGCUCCCUGUUAUAUUGGUUUACCUGAUGGAUUUGCAAAUCUGGUACUCGAUCUACUCAUCGCUUGUAGGUGCAACAAUUGGUCUGUUUUCUCACUUGGGGGAGAUCCGGAACAUUGAUCAGUUGAGACUCAGGUUUCAGUUCUUUUCAAGUGCUAUGCAGUUUAACCUUAAACCUGAAGAGCAUCUUUUGGGUCCUAAAGCAACAGUUCUUAAGAAGGUUCGUGACGCUAUUCACCGUCUGAAGUUGCGUUAUGGAAUUGGUCAGCCUUUCAACAAGAUCGAAUCUAGUCAGGUUGAAGCGACUUGGUUUGCAUUGUUGUGGAAUGAGAUCAUCCUAACGUUUAGAGAGGAAGACCUUAUCAGUGACAGGGAGGUUGAGCUCCUUGAGUUGCCGCCUAAUUGUUGGAAUAUUCAGGUUAUUCGUUGGCCGUGUUUCCUCCUUUGCAAUGAGCUCCUACUUGCGCUAAGCCAGGCAAACGAGCUCUGUGAUGCUCCUGAUCGCUGGCUUUGGUCGAAAAUCUGUAGCAGCGAGUACAGGCGUUGUGCUGUUAUAGAAGCCUUUGAUAGCAUCAAAUUUGUGAUUCGUAAAAUUAUUAAAAAUGGCACAGAGGAAGAGUCCAUAGUGAACAGGUUGUUGAACGAAAUCGAUGAAAAUGUGGAAAUCGAGAAGGUCACCGAGGUAUAUAAGCUGACAGUACUACUCCGGAUUCAUGAGAAGCUAAUAUCACUUCUUGAGCGUCUGAUGGACCCAGAUAAGAAAGUAUUCAGGAUUGUGAAUAUACUGCAAGCCCUGUAUGAACUCUGCGCAUGGGAAUUUCCAAGAAUUAGGAGGAGCACUCAGCAGUUAAGGCAGCUUGGUUUGGCGCCCGUUAGUUUGAAUGCAGAUACCGAGUUGCUGUUUGUCAAUGCCAUAAAUCUCCCUCCUCCUGGUGAUGUUGUCUUUUAUAGGCAGAUAAGGCGGGUACAUACAAUUCUCACUUCUAGAGAUCCAAUGCAUAAUGUGCCCAAGAAUCUUGAGGCCAGGGAGCGUCUUGCUUUCUUCAGCAACUCUCUCUUUAUGAACAUGCCCCAGGCUCCAAGUGUAGAAAAAAUGUUGGCUUUUAGUGUGUUGACUCCUUACUAUGACGAGGAAGUAAUGUAUCGACAAGAGAUGCUCCGAGCUGAGAAUGAGGAUGGGAUUUCGACCCUGUUCUACCUUCAAAAAAUAUAUGAAGAUGAAUGGGUCAAUUUUGUGGAGCGGAUGCGUAGAGAGGGAGUGGAGAACGAGAACGAUAUUUGGUCACAGAAGGUUAGGGAUCUUCGCCUCUGGGCUUCAUAUAGGGGACAGACAUUGUCUAGAACAGUGCGAGGGAUGAUGUAUUAUUAUAGUGCCUUGAAGAAGCUUGCCUUUCUUGAUUCGGCUUCUGAAAUGGACAUCAGUAUGGGAACUCAGAUUGCCCCUGAGCCACCCCGUUCUUACUACACAAGCGAUGGUGGGGAUAACACACUGCAACCAACAGCUUCUCAGGAAAUUAGCCGAAUGGUUAGUGGUAUAAGCCAUUUGUAUAAAGGGUCUGAGUCCGGUAGUGCUAUGAUGAAAUUCACAUAUGUUGUGGCAUGCCAAGUUUAUGGACAGCAUAAAGCAAAAGGAGACCAUAGGGCUGAGGAGAUUCUGUUCCUGAUGAAAAGUCAUGAGGCCCUUCGAAUUGCAUAUGUUGAUGAGGUGAACUUAGGAUUGGGUAACGUCGAGUACUAUUCGGUUCUUGUGAAAUUUGAUCAACGACUUCAGAGAGAGGUAGAGAUCUAUCGAAUCAGACUGCCAGGCCCCUUGAAGCUUGGUGAGGGCAAACCGGAAAACCAAAACCAUGCUAUAAUCUUUACACGGGGUGAUGCGAUUCAGACAAUUGAUAUGAAUCAAGAUAACCAUUUUGAGGAGGCACUUAAGAUGAGGAAUUUGUUGGAAUCUUUCAAGAAAAACUAUGGCAUUAGGAAGCCCACUAUUCUUGGAGUCCGUGAGAAAGUUUUCACUGGUUCGGUUUCUUCACUCGCGUGGUUCAUGUCUUCUCAAGAAACGAGUUUUGUAACCUUAGGACAGCGUGUGCUUGCCAACCCACUGAAGGUGAGGAUGCACUAUGGUCAUCCUGAUGUAUUUGAUCGGUUUUGGUUCAUCCCCCGUGGUGGAAUUAGCAAGGCCUCAAGAGUGAUAAAUAUAAGCGAGGAUAUAUUUGCUGGAUUCAAUUGCACUUUAAGAGGUGGGAACGUGACUCAUCAUGAAUACAUUCAGGUAGGCAAAGGAAGAGAUGUUGGUUUGAAUCAGAUAUCUAUGUUUGAAGCAAAAGUAGCAAGUGGUAAUGGUGAGCAAGCUUUAAGCAGAGACGUUUACAGACUGGGUCACAGGCUAGAUUUUUUCAGAAUGUUGUCUUUCUUCUACACAACGGUUGGCUACUACUUCAACACAAUGCUGAUCGUAUUCACUGUUUAUGCAUUCUUGUGGGGUCGGCUUUAUCUAGCACUGAGUGGUGUUGAGAAAAUAGCAAAGGAUAGGAGUAGCAGCAAUGAAGCUCUUGGUGCAAUCUUGAAUCAGCAAUUUGUUAUCCAGCUAGGACUUUUCACUGCACUUCCUAUGAUUCUUGAAAACUCCCUGGAGCGUGGGUUUCUUCCAGCAAUUUGGGACUUCAUAACAAUGCAGCUACAACUCGCAUCCUUUUUCUACACGUUUUCCUUGGGAACUCGAAGUCAUUACUUUGGUCGGACUAUACUCCACGGUGGAGCCAAGUAUCGUGCCACUGGAAGAGGCUUUGUGGUGGAGCAUAAGAAAUUCGCUGAGAACUACAGAUUGUAUGCUCGAACUCACUUCAUCAAGGCGAUUGAGCUGGCGAUUAUCUUGCUGGUAUAUGCGGCUUAUAGCCCCUUGGCUAAGAGUUCUCUCGUCUACAUACUAAUGACGAUUUCGAGCUGGUUCCUUAUCACAUCCUGGAUCAUUUCUCCCUUUCUGUUUAACCCAUCUGGUUUUGAUUGGCUCAAAACAGUUUAUGAUUUCGACGAUUUCAUGAGUUGGCUUUGGUCCAGAGGCGGGUUGUUCACCAAAGCAGAUCAGAGUUGGUUCACUUGGUGGAACGAGGAACAAGAUCAUCUGAAAACAACUGGAGUGUGGGGAAAACUGCUAGAGAUUUUACUUGAUCUUCGGUUCUUCUUUUUCCAGUAUAGCAUUGUGUACCAUCUUCGCAUUGCGGAUGGUCAGACCAGCAUUGGUGUAUACUUGGUUUCUUGGGGAUGCAUCAUCGGGAUCGCUGCGAUAUACAUCACAACAAUCUACUCUCAGAAAAGAUUCUCUGUGAAGGAGCAUAUUAAAUACAGAUUCAUCCAGUUCUUAGUAAUAUGGCUCACGGUUCUUGUGGUCGUGCUGAUGCUACAGUUCACUAAACUUACAGUUGUUGAUCUGUUGAUAAGUCUCUUGGCUUUUAUACCCACGGGGUGGGGAUUGAUCUCCAUAGCGCAAGUACUGAGACCGUUUCUGAUAUCAACGGUGGUUUGGGACACAGUAAUCUCCGUUGCUCGCCUCUACGACUUGUGCUUUGGGUUGAUAGUAAUGGCUCCAGUUGCAUUGCUUUCUUGGUUGCCUGGUUUUCAGAAUAUGCAAACUCGGAUUUUGUUUAAUGAAGCCUUUAGCAGAGGGUUGCAAAUUUCUAUCAUUCUAGCUGGCAAAAAAUCCGCUUGAAGCAGAUCUUGGGGUUCUUAGAUUGUUGAAGAUUACCAUAUUUUGGGAACUUGAAUUCAGACGGUAACUUAUCUACUUGAAGCAAGGUUCUCUUGUGUCUUCAUUUGUCUUUAGCAGCAGCAUAGUCUUUUACUCUCUUGUUACCGUGGCGCCGCACCAGAUUACUGUUUUUUCCCCACGGUGGUUGGAGUUGAAUGUGGAUUAGUUGACCUUGGCCUUUGUGGGUUUGCUAAGGGUUGUUAUAAGAUUUUACCAUAUUCAGGAGCUUAAAAGUGACGGUAGUAAGCUUCAACACUGCACCAUUUUUGCUGAUCGUGUACAGAUUAUUGGCUCGUGCAUUUUAGUCUCAAGUUCACUUUGAACAAGCUCUUGUUUCUUGCUCUUUAUGCACAUAUUAUGCUUGUGUGAAAAACCUUUUAUUUUAAGCGUCUUUCAGUUUU